ACCUGCAACUGCUUUAUUUCUUUUUAACCUCAAGAACAAUUGUAGAUCGCUUUUACCAUAUUAAUAUCAUAAUUGCUUAGGGGAUAUCAACAGUCAGAGUCUCUUCUAAACUGGUUUUUUUGAAAGCUCCGGAUUGAAUUUAUCUCCAUGGGACCCCGGGGCCAAGAUCCAACACCGCCUCCUUCCACCUCCGUGCUGCCAGAAUGCCUCGACCCCGCUGGUUUCUUCAAGCAGAAGCAAACUUCUUUCGUGCCUUAAUGAACACGGGAAUGUGCCUGCAUCGCCUCUCCCCACCGGUUCCACCAGAGCACCACUUCACCAGGGUCUUCCCCACGACCGUCUCCCCCAUAAAAGGCGAAAUAGGCCUCUACUUUUACACCCCGCCCUCAUACCCACCUCCGCCAGACCCGUCGCACAAAUACCCCGUGGUGGUGAACUUCCACGGGGGCGGCUUCACGCUCGGUCACGCCACCGACGACGUGCGCUGGGCGGCAUCGGUCGUCUCCCUUGCGGACGCGAUAGUGGUAAGCGUGGACUACCGUCUCGCGCCUGAGCAUCCAUUUCCCACGGCUAUUGAAGACGGCGUCGACGCACUGCUUUACCUGUCCGCCCAUGCAGAAGAACUGCACAUUGACCCACUGAGGAUCGGGGUUUCGGGAUUCUCAGCCGGAGGGAAUAUGGCUUUCACCGUCCCGCUGAGGCUGCACGAGGAGUUCAGGCGAAAGCCGACGCUUCCACGGCUCGUGAUUGUGGCGAUCGCGGCUUGGUAUCCGAGUACCGACUUCACCGCGACCCGCGCUCACAGGCGGGGUAGCAGCCUGAGGCCGGAUAAGGAACUUCCAAAGUUGUUUACGAAUAUGUUUGAUGCGAGUUAUUUAUAUCCUCCCAAGAGCGUGCAGUUAGAUUCGCCCUACUUGUCGCCGGGGGUGGCGAGCGAGGAGUUGUUGAGGGAGUUACCGCCGGUCAUUUACAUGUAUACUUGUGAAUGGGACGAACUUCUCCAGGAGGCGGAGGGGUUUAGGGCUAGGUUGGAGAGUGAGGGGGUCGGGAAGAAAGUUUUCUAUAGGAAGGUUGAUGGAACUACGCACGCAUGGGAUAAGACUAUUGGGCUUGGGGAUACGAGACGUGAGGCUCUUUAUAAAGAGGUUUGUGAGGGGUUGCGGAACGUCUUUUAUAAGAGUUAGCUAUUCGAUGGCCGGUUGGGUUUGGCAAUCGGACUACCGUAGAGAGGGGUCUUGUAGCAGAAACUAUCUUGUACUACAUUAGAUAUCACUCGGUCUCUUUGUUGGAUCUAGUGCGUAUCCACUAAACAGACUAGUUUCCUUUCAUCUAGUUUCUCUUAAAUUUAGUACUUUCCUCUCCACUCUCUUUAACAUUAGCCACUGUUUGUGCUUUUCUUCAUUUCUUCUCCGAUCGUCUCACAACUUCACAACUGGUUAUGCUAUAUUCAACUAUAGUAUUUACCUCCUUCUCAUCAUUCGCAGUCCUCCCGAGCUUCUCAUAUUACCAACCUAGGGUUCCCGGUGUUUCUUUUCUCUCGUUUAGUUUUCAGUCUAGAAUAAAAACCCACAGCUGCGCAUGUGGUAAGAAAACCAAGCAUCUUUCUCGACGGCAGUCAUAUCAAUUCACGCUCUUUUUAUCCCCUCGUUUGUGCCCGAAUUUCGCUACUUUCCAAUGCGUAUUUUGCCCUCCGACCUUCAAAAACCGCGAUUAUAAAGGCACAGCUUCGGCCACCGAACGGUGUCCCGGCCAGCGGGACUUACGGUAUGACCCUGAGGGGUCAACUUACCGGUAACCGAUCAUCCCUCUAGGAUGCAAUACUGCCUCCCUAUUCAGCAUGAGGUUCCAAAUACAGACGAAGUGUCGGAAUUACUACUUCAGUGUGAUGGAAAGCACAGGCAUGUCCGUAUACCUAGUACACAAUCUAGGGCAUCACGAUAUACAUGAUAAGAGUCAUGUUUAUGCAUAUUGAUACGACCAAUUGGUAUAAACAACGUGGAGUCAGGUGCAUGUAUGAAGAAGGACAACACCAAAACUCUUAAUCAAUCUUCCAUCCAUAGGGUUUUUUUUCACCUUUCAAAAUCACAUCCUUACCCUCCAUACCGGUUCUUUCCGUGCGACCUCCGACAGGGAGGGACAUACGGUAUCAAACUCCGGCAGGGAUUGACGGGACCUUUAGAACAAUAAUUUAGUGAAAAAAAAGCAUUUGGUGCACCCUAAAUACACCUGUGCGGGCCGUUUCUCACUGUAGUGUCUUCAGGAGACCCCUCUGCACACUCGCAUCCACAAUGUUUCUCUAGUCUACGUAUGACACAUAACACCUCAGAGAGAACUUUUUUAAAAUCCAGUUACGGCAAAUUUCAUAUAAAAUGGGGUUUUUCCCCCCUACUAAAUCACUUCUACAGUACAAUCUUCCGGUGGUAAACUAUGGGGGACCCCACGGUACAUCAUACAUUGCGAGAACUUUUUUGCGGACGGGGGGAGUGCUUAUUUCAAUUUCUCCCCCAUGGCCCGGGUUGAAAAUCGUGCCAAUUACAAAAUGCCUGCUCAGGCCUCACAUACUCGAGUCUUGGUGGAAAAAUCUCGCGAUUUUCAGGUUUCGCCCCAAACCGCAUCCGGAUCUUCCAGGCAAUCCCCCCUCAAAGAACCUAAGUUACCGGAAGAAGCCAGCUCAAGCAACCUUCACCACUCUCAAUCCCUUCCACGAUAGCGGUGUUUCGCGAGAG